AUGGCUGUGGGAAAGAACAAGCGCCUCACGAAAGGCGGCAAGAAAGGUGGCAAGAAGAAAGCUGGUGACCCAUUCCUGCGGAAGGAGUGGUAUGACAUCAAGGCGCUCAAGCUGUGCACCCAGCAUGCUGCUUGGCUGUUCUCGGUUCGGCAAUGCGGUAAGACCUUGGUCUCUCGGACACAGGGUACGAAGAUUGCCACGGAGGAGCUCAAAGGCCGGGUCCUGGAGGUAAACCUUGCCGACCUCCAGAACGACGAAGACCAGGCCUCGAAGAAGAUCAGGCUCGCCAUUGAGGAAGUGCAGGGAAGGAGCUGCCUCACAGAUUUUCACGGCAUGACGCUUACAAGGGACAAGAUCUGCUCCCUGAUCAAGAAGUGGCAGACGCUGAUAGAGGCACAUGUCGAUGUCAAGACGACGGACAACUACGUGGUACGCCUGUUUUGCAUCGCUUUCACAAGCAGGCACCGCGACCAAGUCAAGGCAAACUCCUACGCACAGUCUGCGCAGAUCCGCAAGAUUCGCAAACGCAUGGUGGAGAUCAUGGCGCAGGAAGCCGGGAAGGUGCAGCUCCGAGAUCUGGUCCGGAAGCUGAUCCCCGAGUCCAUCGGUAAAGACAUCGAGAAGAAGUGCCAGGCCAUUUUUCCACUCAAGGACUGCUUGAUCCGCAAGGUCAAGAUCCUGAAGAAGCCCAAGUUUGACAUUACCAAGCUUAUGGAGCUGCAUGGAGAUGGUGGGGAUGACAUGGGUGUCGAAAUGGUCCGCCCUGAGGCUGAUGACGCCGUGAACACGCUAACAGCCGAUGUGACGGCCGCUGCUGACGAUGACUAG